UCACCUUUCAAGGUUCUGCAGAGGGAUUCCUCAUUCCUCAUUCAGUAAUUCGAAUUUGCUGCGGUUCUGCUGCCUUCCGAAAGCAUGUUGCGCCUCGUCCUCGCUGCCCUGGUAGUUGCAGUAACUUCAGCUGACUUCACUGUAUUGAAGUCACCACAAAAUCAAAUAUUCCAAGAGGGAAAUUGGCCUGUUCCGGCUGACAGGAUUCCAGAUAUCAUCUCGUUGUCAAUGGGAUUUUCCGUGGAAGAGGAUCUGCCCUGGCCUGGCUUAGGAGUGGGCAACCUUUUCCAGCGCUCUCGUGCUACAGUCCUCGUGACAGUUACUGGAGUGAAUAAGCUCCCGCUUGCUGCCAAUGGACUCUCCUAUCCUGUGGAAAAUGCUGUUCCAUACAGUGUUGACAGUGUUGUAAAUUCUGUUCAUUCUGUGUUUUCUGAAGAAAUGCCAGUAAUUUUGCAGCUUGCCCCCAUAGAGGAAAGAGUUUACAUGGUUGGAAAAGCGAACACUGUGUUUGAGGAUCUGUCAGUCACUUUGCGACAGCUACGGACCCGCUUGGAACAAGACAACUCUAUAAUUCAGUCCCUGCCUGUUAGCUCUUUAAAUAAAAAUGAUGAGACUGACCGGCUGUUCUUAUCUGAAUUGCAAGUACUACAAGAUAUCAUAACUCUGCUAUCUGGGCACAAGCAUCUAGCCAAAGAUAACAUCCCAGAUAUUUAUUCCCUGGAACUUACUGGUUUAGAAGAGAUCAAGAAACGUUAUGGAGAGGAAUCUGCAAAGUUCAAGGAUGCAGUCCAAAUUCUUUCUGACUUUCUCCAAAAGUUUGCAGAUGACAUGUACAGUAUUUAUGGAGGAAAUGCUAUAGUUGAAGUCGUGGCUGUUGACUCUUUUGAAAUUCCCUUGGUGCGGAGAAGUCGGUCGAUUCUUGCAUCUGAAGCUAUUAGCAAUCCUGGUAGCCCUUAUAAUCUCGCAUACCAGUACAACUUUGACUAUUCAGUUAUCUUCAACAUUAUCCUUUGGAUUAUGAUUGGACUGGCACUGGCAGUGAUUGCAAUUUCGUACAGUCUUUGGAACAUGGAUCCUGGCUAUGAUAGCAUCAUUUACAGAAUGACCAACCAGAAGAUCAGAAUGGACUAAGUCUAUUCAUUUCUUCUAUAACAAAAUUAAAUCCCAUGUUUUCUGACAUUACCUUCUCUGUGUUUUAAGUGAGGUUUAGGCUGUCCCUGGUAUGUAAAUGUUAUAAAGCAGAGCCAUUUUAAAAAGAAAAUAGAACAGCGCCUCGAUGUUAAGAUUUAUUUUAUGUUGGAAAAAGGUCUGUUUUAUUAUUAUUAAUGUAGCAGAGACUUUAGUGCCCCUACAAAAGUACAGGCUCAUGGUAAUGUAUGCCCCUAUGAGAAAUGGAAACUUGUGGCUUUCAUAUUCAGGUACUUUAUUCAUCUCGAAGAUAAAUGUGGUUGACUGAAAAUGUACAGAAUUCCAUCCUUCUUAUUGUUACUUCAGCUUAAAUGGUAAUUGUAUUGUCUGGUUCAGGACAAAAAUAACUAACAUUGCAUUAAUGGAGAAAGACCAAAGGGAUAAUUUACUUCACCCCUGUGUGCAAGUGCAAAAGCACUAAGUAGUAUCCCUUAGCCCUAAUGUAAAUAGCAGUUGCACCCAGGGGUCUGCUGCUCUUGUAAACAAGUGCCCAAAAAAAAAAUCCCUCAUACAGAGAGCAGCACCUCCUGCCACUCCAUACCUUGUGCCUCAGCACUAUUAGUGAAGGUAGCCGCAGAAGUGGAGCACAAAGCCCUAUGCAGUGGGCAAAAUGCAAAAAUUGCCUGAUUGUGGCCUUUUUUGCACUUUGUACAUGGUGUGGGGAAUUGUAUAAUGACUCUGCAAAUCUUAGCAAUGUAAACCAAGGCAAUAUUUCCCAAUAACUAAAAAUAUAUAAAACCACAGAAAACCUGUGUUGUACCUAUGCUGGCCAUUUUGUUUUUCUUUUUGUCUUUAUGGACCAUGAAAUCAUGUUGCAUUAACUACUGUGAUUGUUACAAAUACACCUAACAUUGCACUGUCCUAAAUUAAAUGAAUUAAAUAGUUACAAAAGCAUUGCUGGUGUCCAUGUUUAAGUAAUCCUUUGUAUUUUAGCAGUAGUGACUUGCUAGUUUCUCCUACAUAAUGUGGUUGUAUAGGUUUUCCCCUCCAAUACUUUAUGCCGCAUUUUGUCCUGAGCUGUUUUAUUACAUACAAAUAAUACAUUAUAGUUGUUGUCUCAUGACGAUAAGAGGACUUCAAAUUAGUAUUGACCCCAAACCUAAUUUAAGUGUUGGAAAACAUUUGCUUACGGUGAAAUUGAAGUUUAAACGUUCUAUUCCAUAUCUGUGUGCAGAAUAUAGUGUCUUACUCCCAGUUUCUAUUAUGUUUGUGUUGUAUUGCACACUUGUCACUGUUGUUCAUUUUGUGUUUUCUCCGCUAAGGAUUAAGAUGUUUGAUUUAUUUGUGAAGGUUUCAUUUUCAACUGUGGUGUAAGAAGUAAAAAAAAAACUGUAAUGUAACAAUAUCCAGCCAGUUAUUGUUUUAUUAUUGUUUUGAGUGAUAUAUUUGUAAAGCAACUUGUAUUCUGUUACUUGAACAGCAACACCUGGAUUGGUUCUGGAGAUACUUGUUGAUUUUGAAAAACGUAAUAAUUGGCUAAUAAAAUAAAUUAUUUCA